GACCAUCGGCACCUUACCUACUGGCGCGCAUCUGCAUUCCAACGUCACCCAGAACUGCGUGGCAGAGCGUUGCUUGUCUGACUCCCACGGCUGGCACACAUCCAGCUGAGGCCCUUGGCACCCAUCGACCAAUGAUCACUAGCAGCUGAUCCAUGCUGUAGCACUCCUCCCGGUAGGCUCGGUAUGUCCAACAAGCGAAAGCUGGAGCUCGCUUUGGAUCAAGGGGCGGGAGAGCACCAGCGCGCGCAUCGACAGGCUGCCGCUCGAUCUGGAGAUGCGAACGAGGAUCAGGCGCGAGCAUCGGCCAGGAUGCACAAAGCAAAGAAGGCGAGAUUUGAGACGGCAAAUGUGAAUGUUGGCAAGGCUGGGAAAGUUAAUGGCAAGGCUGGCAAUGACAAUGAUAAUGGCAAUAGCGAAUCGACCCAAGCGAAAGCGAAGCCUUCGAAGCUGCAGCCGUCAAAAGCUUUCACCAAGCCCCAGCCACGCUCGAAACCCUCACAUCAUCUCUCUCAAGCCGGUUCUUCCAGAUCCUUCAGCGACGCCUUGCCCAGCUCUCUGGAACUCAAUCAACAUCUCGAAUCUCACGCUGCCCAGAUCCGCACCAUCUCGGUCCAGCUUCAGACUGGUCGAGGGUCUUCCGCUACUCGAGCUUGGCAAAUGCUGCCUCGCGCAGAGAGGAGAAGAGCAGCUUCUCAUAAUCUUUUGGCCUUGCCCAAGAGGCUGAGGGGUAAAGGAGCGAGCGAGUUGAAGAGCUCUAACACGAACGCUACGACGAGGAAAGAAGUGAGGAAGAGAAAGGGAAUGAGCGGAAGUGCGGGUGGAUAUCCUCGAGUGAAGGAGAGGAGAAGAAGAGAACGAUUGAGGGAAAGAGCAGGGGACGAGGCUGAGGCUGCUACGUCAUCGGCAGCUGGGUUGGGAGGUGAGAUCAAAGGCAAAGGCAGAUGGUUGGAGACGCACCUUUGGCAUGCCAAACGAUUUCGGAUGACGGGCGUGGAAGACAAGGUGGUCCGCAAUCCUCAAGCAGCCCACGAUCCAAGAGGAGUAGAAUACAGUGGUGUCUCGAGCGUCACAAGGAGCAGGUGGGGCUACAAUUUGGCCGAACAGCCGAGCAGCAAAGGCUUCAAAGCUGCCAUCAAGGCUUGUAAAGAUGGAGUAGCGGUGCACGAUGCCAGCUAUUGGCAAAGCGUACGCGUGGGCUAUCGUUUACGAGGACGCUUCGUCUCGCAAGGAAAAGAAGCGAGGAAGAAGCUUGCGCAAUUGCUUCGUGAAAGCGGACUGGAUCUCGAGUCAGACGAGCUGGAUGCAAGAGCGACCUUUGCUACUCUUACGGAACAGAAAAAGCAGUACGUCGCCCCUGUCACUUUGCUGUGGGUGCAGCCAACGGGCUCGAGGGGUGUUGCAGACGACGCAGAUGCACUCUCGUUGUCAUUGCCCCCCCUUGGGCAAGCCUCGGGUGAAAUUUCGGAAAGCGAAGCGAUGCAGGUGGAUGACCAGCCGCCAGACCUUCCGAAUGCACCAAAGCUAGCUGCAAGCGAGGCGCACACCGCUGAGGCAGAGGUCAUCUUGCUAGUUCAUCCUGCCGGACUGGCCUCUUUACGCACAGCGCUCACGAGCUCCAUCACUUUACAGCGGAGACGAAUUCGUUUAGAGAGGCAAAGGAGGAGACGAGCACCCACGACGUCGUCGGCUGUUGCGCCUUCUUCGUCCGACUGUCUGGCCGAGCUACCUGAAGUGAAAGAGGAGGAGCACGUGUAUAUGCAGCUUCUCAGGCCCGCUUCUCCUGCCCUUUGUGCCAAGUCGGACAGCAAGGGAAGAAAACACGGCAAAUUGAGUCAAUUCAAGCUGGACCAACGGCUGAGGAAAAUGGCAUCCAUCUCUGCACAGAGAGACGAGCAGGAGGGACAGAAAAGGCGAAUGGAGGGAUACAAUGUGUUCCAGCUAUCUGGUCCCCGAUCCGGGAGACUGUUGGGAAGCAUGCUGAAGCCCGUAGCGCGCACAAGCCCGGACAAAAAGCACGCGCUCAAGCUCAUCUGCUCGGUGUUGAAACCCGAUCAGAUCCGAAGAGGUACAAUGCUGGGAUUACAGGUGCAUGAUCCAAGAUUGUGCAACCCUAGCACCGUGAAGAAGGAGGUUUUGGAUCGUAGAAAGAUGCAGCAGGUGGCGGGAGCACUCGAGGCGAUUUGGGACAGACCAAUAGGAAAAGGGAAGGAGAGAGAGGACGAUGAGGAUCAGCGGAGAUGUGCUUCGGUCAGCGCGACAUUGGCCCAGACAGAUCUGCUUAGUCAGGGAAGCGAGAUGCCAAGAAUUUCCAAAGGAGAAGUGGACUCGCUCAAAGCUCGCAAUCUCAUACCGGGCACCCCGCUCACUGCAUCAUCGACGACUCAAAUCGUCUCUAUUGCGAUCAUAGCGCAUCGAGAUCCUGUGCCUGGCUACACCCUCUUGGUUCCUCGGGGCUGGGGCCGAGCCUUCUUCCACUCGCUGGUCCAUUCCAAACCAGCCGUGCUGUGUCUCUCCUCCCUCGCCUCCCUCUCCUCUCAAUUCGCCAAACCCGUCUUUCCCUUUGAUCAUCCGGGAUGCGAUGCGUACAACGUAUGGGAGAAGCAAGAGGUGGGAAGAGAGAAGGCAAAGUGGUGCAGGACACCGAUGGCCAAGAGAGUCAAUUGGGAGAGUGUGGGGACUAGAUUUGCCUGGGGAGGAGAAGGCCUUUGGAAAGCUUGUGUGCAAGAGAGCUGGAACAGAAUAGCGCUCACGCCUCGGAAGAAGGACGAAGAGAUCCAAGUUCACCUUCUGCCACCCGGCAAGGCUUUACAACGCACGGAGCGCUACGGAAAGCACGAUGCCUCUUUGAGACAUGUCAGCAUAAGUGCGAUCAGGAGAGGUCAUUUCGGACCUUUCACAGAAAUACACAUGCUCACACUUGAAGAGCAGAAAGUUUGGCGAAGGGCUCUGCUGGAAGCGCCCAAGGAUGCGCAGCUAGAUGUUGAGGAUGAAGAUGCCGCAGAGCCCGUCGUAGAUCCGCGUAUGUCGAAGCGUGGCGCUAGCAAAGAUCAGAGUGCUCUGAGACAGCUCGAACAAUCUCACCGAGAUGCAUCAAAUUCCCUCAUGGGCGCUACGACUUCGGGCACAUUCUCCUUGGCAGAGGGCAAAGCUUGUGCUGUUGGCGUUAUAGCGAGCGUUGCGGUGCGCGAGCUGCAAGAGAGAGCUGCGGCUUUGCGGGCAGAGGAAGAAGAGAAGCAGGUGGAUGCAGUUCAACAAGCCACAGAGGACGAAGAGCCCUUGAUGGGGAUGGAAGGGGCAGAUGCCUCAGUCGAGGGUGAAGCGGGCAAGAUCCAAAUCAGGCCAUGUGCAAAGUCUAACGGCGCAGCCUACCUCGUCCUCACAAAGGAGAGGCAAAGCUCGGCGUGGAGGGCCGCGGAGCUUAGACUGCUGUGAAGUUGAAUUAGCGCGAAGCUCGUAGCAUCCGCCAAUCAAGCAUCAGCACGAAGGCACGCGGCCGAUCGCAAGUAUCGUACAAAAGCCGAGU